AUGCUUGUUCCAUACACUGCCCAAGAUAUGGGCCAGGACACCACGAGCUCUGACUCGUCUUGGAUCAACGACCAGCUGAUUCGCAUCUUGACCACAAUGGGCACACAGGAUGGCCAAGGGAUGACACGUAUACAGUCUGUUGCAUACCUCCAGUGGGUCCUCAAAGAGCUCGAGUUAGUUGAUUCCGAGUUUUAUAUGGGAGUCGAGUACGUCGAGGCCAUCGGUAUGCGUCGGCCAGUCCCCACCCCCUCGAAGAGCCGCUUUGACUACGAUGCAUGGAUUUCCUGGGCCGUUGACUUGAUAUGUGACUGGCCUCAGAACUUAUUCCAAGGGGUUUCGGGUGAUGAUGGCGGUGGCACGAAGUUGGACGAGCCGAGUAUGCAGGAGAGCCCCGAGCUUCGUGGCAGGCUCUGUCGCGCUGCUUUACAAUUGAAAGCAACUAUACCCGGGCUCAGAAUUGCUCUCCGAAAAUCUGAUCCCGAAUGCGGAUGGGCCCUAGUAUUGGACAAACUAUGGCACGAAGGGCCUCCUACGCAAUCCAGCCAUGAUAAUCUCACCGACCCAUGGUUCAUGCCAUUUUAUAAAAGGAGUGAGGUCCCAAAUGAAGAUGAAAAAUUUCUGGCGGCGCCUGAUAGGUUGCUCUCUCGAUCCGAGUAUGAGGCUUUGCAUGCACGCAUAGCGCUUAGUUGGCGUAGAUAUGAAGGAGGAGGGUGGAGCAUCUGA